CCUGCGGAGAUCGAGGUGAAGUGGUUCAAGAAUGGGCAGGAAGAGACGGAGCGUGUGGUGUCCACGGACGUGAUCCAGAACGGAGACUGGACCUACCAGGUGCUGGUGAUGCUGGAAACCACCCCGCAGCGCGGGGAGACCUACACGUGCCAGGUGGAGCACGUCAGCCUGCAGCACCCCGUCACCCAGCACUGGGAGCUGCAGUCGGACGCUGGCAGGAGCAAGAUGCUGACAGGGGUGGGGGGCUUUGUGCUGGGGCUGAUCUUCCUGGCGCUGGGGCUCUUCCUCUACAUGCGCAAGAAGGCUGCAGGAUGGGAACCUCAUCUCCGUAUGGAGGAAUUUCGGGACAAGAUGAAAUCACAUAG